GAUCUGGUCCAGUCCCUUAAAUCUAGGAUAUACUAGUAUUAAAUAAAAAGGGUGCUGCUCCCCUCGUUCUCUUACCGUUCCAACUCUUUUAUAAAUAAAAUAAAAUAUACUUUCUUGGAUCACAAUCCUUUUACUCCUCUCACAAGCAAGAUUGUAUCAUAUAUUCUUUGAUUGACACUUUUAAGUUUAGCUCUGUGGUUGUAAGGUUUCAGAUCUCUGUACUGUUCUAGUCUUACUUUCUUGAUUUUUCUCACUUUAGUUUUGGUAAAGAUUUGAUCUUUUCUUGUGUUGUGUUCAACUUUGUUGUUCUUGAUUUUUCUGACAGCAGUUUUGGCAAAGUUUUCAUUUUUUUUUUUCUGGUGUGUGUGUGUGUUCAACUUUGUUUUUCUUUUUGAGUUGAGAGGGUUGAUAUUGCUGACCCCAACAGCCCAACUAAUUUGGGAUGCAGAUAUAGUUGAUUGUUUGGUUUUUGUGUUAAACUUUGUUGUUCUUUUUGAGUUGGGAAAAUUCAUAUUGCUGACCUCAACUAAUUUGGAUCCAGACAUAGUUGAUUGUGUUUGUUUUUGUGUUAAACUUUGGUUUGCUUUUGGAGUAAUGUCUCUGUGUUUUAAGUAUCUUUAGUGUGUUUAAUGUUUUGCUGUGAACUGUAUGAUUGUGGUUUUUUGAUCUUUGGAUAAGCAGGUGAAAAAUGACUCAAAUUCAGCUUGAUUUUUCUGACUUUAGUUUUGGCAAUUGUUUGAUCUUUUCUGGUGUAUGUGUAUCAUUUAUUUAUUUUUCUCUUUCAGUUGAGAGAAUUGAUAUUGCUGACCCCAACUAAUUUGGGAUCCAGACACAGUUGAUUGUUUGGUUUUUAGGUGAAAAAUGGCUCAGAUUCAGCUUCAUGGAACUCUCCAUGUCACGAUCUACGAGGUCGAUAAUCUGCAAUCUCAGGAGGGUGGGAACUUCUUUAGCAAGAUAAAGCAGCACGUUGAGGACACAAUUGGUGUUGGAAAAGGAACUCCAGAAAUUUAUGCUACUGUUGAUUUGGAAAAGGCUAGGGUUGGGAGAACCAGAACGAUUAAAAAUGAACCAAACAAUCCAAGGUGGUAUGAGUCCUUUCACAUUUACUGUGCACAUAUGGCUUCAAAUGUUAUAUUCACCGUCAAAGAUGAUAAUCCCUUUGGUGCAUCCUUAAUCGGAAGAGCUUAUGUUCCGGUUGAAGAACUUUUGGAAGGGGAGGAGAUUGAAAAGUGGGUUGAAAUAAUGGAUAAAGAAAUGAAUCCUACAGCCGAAGGUUCUAAAAUCCAUGUUAAGCUACAGUUUUUUGACGUCGGUCGAGAUCGUAACUGGGGACGUGGAAUUCGAAGCUCUAGAUAUCCUGGUGUCCCUUACACUUUCUUUGCACAGAGAGCAGGAUGUCGAAUUUCCUUGUAUCAAGAUGCUCAUGUGCCAGACAAUUUCAUUCCUAAAAUCCCCCUCUCUGGCGGGAAGUACUAUGAGCCCCACAGAUGUUGGGAAGAUGUCUUUGAUGCUAUUACUAAUGCAAAGCACUUGAUUUACAUUACUGGCUGGUCAGUAUAUACUGAAAUAACCUUGGUAAGGGACUCGAGGAGGCAAAAACCUGGAGGAGACAUCACGUUGGGGGAGCUGCUCAAGAAUAAGGCAAGUGAAGGUGUUAAAGUUCUUAUGCUUGUUUGGGAUGAUAGGACGUCCGUGGGUUUGCUGAAGAAGGAUGGUCUGAUGUGCACUCAUGACCAAGAAACUGAACAGUACUUUCAAGGUACAGAUGUACACUGUGUCCUCUGUCCUCGGAAUCCUGAUAAUGGUGGAAGCAUUAUUCAGGAUAUGAAAGUCUCUACCAUGUAUACCCAUCACCAGAAAAUCGUAGUGGUGGACAGUGCACUGCCCAGCGGGGAGUCGGAAAAGCGGAGAAUUCUGAGUUUUGUGGGAGGUAUUGAUCUUUGCGAUGGGAGAUACGAUACACCUUUCCAUUCGCUUUUUAGGACACUGGACACUGCCCACCAUGAUGAUUUCCACCAACCUAAUUUUCCGGAUGGCGCAAUUACCAAAGGUGGACCAAGAGAGCCCUGGCAUGACAUUCACUCUCGGCUUGAAGGCCCAAUUGCUUGGGAUGUUCUGUUUAAUUUUGAGCAGAGAUGGAGAAAGCAGGGUGGAAAGGAUAUUCUUGUCAACUUUAGAGAGCUUGAUGAUAUUAUAAUUCCACCAUCUCCGGUGAUGUACCCUGAUGAUCAUGAAACAUGGAAUGUUCAGUUAUUCCGAUCAAUUGAUGGAGGGGCUGCUUUUGGGUUUCCCGACACACCUGAAGAUGCAGCAAAAGCUGGACUUGUCAGUGGGAAGGAUAACGUAAUUGAUAGAAGCAUCCAAGAUGCUUAUAUUCAUGCUAUUCGCCGAGCAAAAAAUUUUAUUUACAUUGAAAAUCAGUAUUUUCUUGGAAGCUGCGCUGACUGGCAGUGUGAUGAUAUCAAGGUAGAGGAUAUAGGUGCUUUGCAUGUUAUUCCGAAGGAACUUGUACUGAAGAUUGCCAGUAAGAUUGAAGCUGGGGAAAGGUUUACUGUUUAUGUGGUGGUCCCAAUGUGGCCAGAAGGAAUUCCCGAGAGCGCAUCAGUACAAGCAAUAUUGGACUGGCAGAGGAGGACAAUGGAGAUGAUGUAUAAGCACAUUGUUCAAGCACUGACUGCUAAAGGUAUUGAAGAAGAUCCCAGGAAUUAUUUGACAUUUUUCUGCAUCGGCAACCGAGAGGUGAAGAAGAGUGGAGAAUAUGAACCUUCUGAGAGCCCAGAGCCAGAUUCUGAUUACGCUCGAGCUCAGGAGGCUCGACGCUUCAUGAUAUAUGUCCACUCCAAGAUGAUGAUUGUGGAUGACGAGUACAUCAUAGUUGGAUCGGCCAACAUAAACCAGAGAUCUAUGGAUGGUGCUAGAGAUUCGGAAAUAGCCAUGGGAGCCUACCAGCCUUAUCAUUUGGCCACCAGUCAACCAGCUAGGGGUCAAGUUCAUGGUUUCAGAAUGGCAUUGUGGUACGAGCACCUUGGUAUGCUCGACGAGACCUUUCAACAUCCAGAAAGUGAGGAAUGUGUGAGGAAGGUGAAUCAAAUAGCUGAUAAAUACUGGGAUCUGUAUUCUAGUGAGAGCUUAGAAAGAGACCUGCCUGGUCACUUGCUCCGUUACCCCAUUGGUGUGGCUAGCGAAGGGGAUAUCACGGAGCUACCGGGUCAUGAGUUUUUCCCCGAUACAAAGGCUCGAGUUCUUGGUACUAAAUCUGACUACCUUCCUGCUAACCUCACUACAUAAGUGGAUAAUUCCCGUGUUAACUUGGCGAAGAGGUAAGCUACUUGAAAGGUGCAGUUUGUUGUGGAAUAGUACUUGUUCUUUCAGUUUUCUGUUUGGGCAUUCUGUUGGAGGUUUGUAUGAGGUGCUUUUUAUUGACUAUAGUCUUUGUUGCAGUUCGCUCUAUACAUUUUACAUGUGACUUUUUGCAAGGAUUGCAAUCACUGGAAAAUUAACCCUUUAAUACUUUC